UCCGGACAUUGUACAACGGCUCUCAAACACACUGCACUCCCCGAUACGCGUCUUCUUUAAUUUCAUCAUAUCAUUAUUUCAUCUGUUCAUCAGCUCUGAAGAUCACUGAAUAAUGGCUUUCCAGUAUCCAAACUGCUAUAGAGACGAAUCUGUGGUGGACGACUAUCACGGCUGUAAAGUGCCUGACCCGUACAGCUGGCUGGAGGAUCCCGACAGUGAAAAAACACAGGCCUUCGUGAACGCUCAGAACCAGCUGACCCUGCCGUUCCUGGAGCAGUGUGAGGUCAGAGACGUCUUUAAGGAUCGCAUGACUGAGCUCUAUGACUACCCCAAAUACAGCUGUCCCUUCAAACGUGGGAACAGGUAUUUUCACUUUUACAACACGGGUCUGCAGAACCAGAGUGUUAUGUACAUGCAGGAGAACCUUGAGGCAGAACCCAGCGUGUUCCUGGACCCAAACACCUUCUCCGAGGACGGGACGGUUGCUUUACGAGGUUAUGAGUUCUCUGAGGACGGCGAGUACCUGGCGUACGGCACCAGCGCCAGCGGCUCGGACUGGGUCGAGAUCCGCUUCUUGCGUGUGAAUGGUGCCGUACCUCUAGAGGAUCAGCUGGAGAGGGUCAAAUUCACCUGCAUGUCCUGGACUCACGAUGGAAAGGGACUCUUCUACAACGUUUACCCCGAGCAGGAGGGCAAGAGUGACGGUAAAGAGACACACAAACACACGUGA